AUGGCCGACCAAGAGGACGUCCUCCUGGCGCUACUGGACGCGAUCGUGCGGCAGCCCACGCACGACGUCUUCAUCCAGUCGUACCAGCAAGAGGUCCUCGACAAGUGCAAGAGCGGCGCGCUCCCCCCCAAGCGACUCGCUGGCCACGUGUUGGCUCAGUGCUCGCGCGUCCAGUACCGCCGCUCGGAGCGACAUCUACGGACGCUGCUGAGUACCACGUGCAAGGACGUGGCCAAGUUCCCGCAAGUCUUUGCGCGCGUACUGCACGCCGCUUGUCCCUCGCUCGUCGCGUCGUUCGCUCGCGCACGUGUUCUGGCGCUGCGGCUGUCGUGUGUCGUGCUGGACGCUGCGCUCCAAGCAGAUGCGUCGUCGACGCCGUUGGCGCUGCUGUCGUCCGACGCUCCGUGGCUCGUGGACUUGAUGGCGUCACAGAGCCGGUUACUGGAGGCUACAGUCAAUGACUCGCUGCCGAGCCAGCUGCAAGCGCGUAAAGCAUUGCUUCAAGUGAUCAAGAAACAAGACAAGCUGCUGAUGCAGAAGUACGUGAAUGUUGUGGCUGAUGCAGCAGCACCUGAGGAACAGCACUAUCAGAUGUGGAUGGUGCUGAGCUGUUGUGACAAGGAGCUGGACAAGGAGACGCACGAGAUGUUGUAUCGAAAGUACGCGUUCUGGGCGUUUGAGAGCAAGAAACGGCUGCUUGCGCCUUUGUACAAGGGUGAUGCGAGGUUCAAGACGCUGACGUACGAGCAGUUGGAGCAGUUCAUUUUGCCAGUGAUGGCAAAGAUGCUCAAGAAAGCACCAGAGACGGUGAUUGAAGCCGUUGGUGCGCUCGUGCAAAGCACGCCUCUGGACUUUGGACGAUACUUGGAAGACUUAUUGAAGCCGGUGCUGGUUGCCAAGCUGCGCGCGCCGAAGGACGAUGUGCGUGCACUUGCAGUAAAGCUUGGUGGCGCGCUGGCACACUCGUUCUCUCAGAGCGAACACAUGCAGCAGUUUGUGAAUAUCAUGAGCGCCUUGUUGGACGGCAAGCACGGCAUCCUCGCUCAAUUUUAUCAGCGCGAGGCCGCAUAUGCUGUACUGACUGAGGCUGCCGAGGCGGCGACAGUGCGACUGGAUGCGUCGGAAGUGCAGGACAUUGCUCCGACGGUGAUCGCGUCGCUGCUUAGGACUGUGAGCAAGGAGGCACACGAUGCGACACGUUAUCUUGGACUACUAGCGCUGGGUAAGUGGCUUGUGCUGGCUGGCACUGACGAGCUCAGUGCUUUCACAGUGACUGGCAUAAAGAGCGGUCUAACAAACAAGCCCGAGCCUGUCGUCGCUGGCUAUCUUCGCGCCCUAGCGGUGGUAUGUCGCUCGAGGGCGACUGCAGCUGUGCCGUUUGUUGAUGCAGUUGUUGAAGUGAUAAAGGACUCGAACAAGAGACCCCAUGCAGUGCACCUUGAUGGCGUAUUGGCCGUUGCUAUCGCAGGUGCAAUGGCGUCUGCUAGCAGCGAGAUGGACGCGCGCAUGGGACAGGAACAUGUCGCUGAGCUCCUUUUGAGCUCGACGUCUUUUGUUGGAAAAAGCGUUCGAGAGCUGUUGGGCAAUGUGGCGGGGUCAUCUCGGCAGCAGGAUGUCUAUGAGACCCCCGAUAUUUCGGCACUGGCUGCACUUCCUCACGCUUUACUGUGGGUCUUGGCGUCACAACAGUCGGAUGCUAGCGAGGCUUAUUUGCUGUUUGUGGAGCUGCUUUGUUCGUCGAGCCUAACUGUGCGCCAGAGUGCUGAGCGUGCCAUCGAUGAUUUGUAUCUGGCGUCAGCGCAGCAUUGUGCAGGUCUUGUAGCUGCAUUCGAGAGGAAGAUCGACGCGCUGAAGGUGGAGGUAUUUGCGCGCGAGUGGCAGUCUCUCCGUCGCCGUUUUCUGCCAUCCAGCACUGCAACUGCGAAGGACGGCGAUAACAACGUGGAGGAGUCUCCUAGCGAAGCUGAUCUAGUGGACAAUUUCAUUGAACAGCAUGCAGAAGUGAAGACAGCAAUCGUUGAACUGCUUGCCAAUGCGUCUACCGGCAAGUUGUACUCGACAAGCCCAUUACAGCGCUUGGCUGCUCAGCGGGCAGUCGCUUCUUUGCUUGACUUUGCUGGCAAUGGUGAGGGUGAGGAUCUAGCGCUGCACAAUAUAAUCGAGGAGCAGCUGGCCGAGCGUCUGAACGAUGAAAACAUUGAGGCUCUCGGCGAAGAAGAUGUUGCGAUCUGCCAGACUCCGUACGAUGAGGUGUACGAGUGUAAACAAGAACGCGAGGAAGAGGAGACGACCAGUCGCAGCCUUCGGGGCACUGAAGACGAGCAAUGGGAAGAACAAGUGCGCAAGGAAUUGCGCAAGAAACGGGCUGAGCAAAGUGAUGCGAAGACGAUGUACUCGGCUGAGCAAAAGGCUUUAUUAGAGAAGCAACAGAAAGUUCGCGACAAAGUGCAAGCGACGCGUCGCGUGGUGUCCGCUGUGCUGGAGGCUAUUGACAUGCUGGCAGUCACUCGACCAGAUGAACUCCACUCGACGCUACCGUCCUUACUUCGCUCAGUUCGCGUGCUAUUCACGUGCCCGCUUUUCGAAUCUGAAGCGUCCAACUCACUACUGGCCAUCGCAAAGGCCAUAAGUCCGAAGCUGCUUCGUUCGAACUACCAAGACGUUGCAAGUGCCCUGCGCAUCGCUCUGCAGCUCGACCGAUUCACGUCCGAAAAAGCCAGGGCGGCCUAUCUCGCAGAGAUGCAAUCGCUGUAUCUGCGUCUGCUGGCAGAGCUGAUGGAGUUUGUGUUUGGUUUCCAGUUUGAAAGCGAAGCCGACUUUGACGCCGAUGCUCCGUGCAAUUUGGUUCCUCCGCCGACGCUGCACUUGAUCUUUCCAGUGCUUUCUGUGUCGCUUCGCUUCGCACCAGACCUGCGUCGGUGGGCAUUGCCCCUUCUUGCUGUUCAUGCGCGUAACAUCCCUGCUGAAGAGGAAGAAGAAGUGGGUGACGUUCUAGCACAGCGGUUGCUGCGUCGCGAUAUGGUGGAGUUGGUGUUGCUGCUGCUGUCUCAGCAGGCAACGGGUAGUGCAUUGCCUAUCACGAAUCCAGACUUGGCUCCGGGCAAACUACUGACUUCGCUGUGCAUGGGACCUGAACUGACCCUGUCGGAGUGGGCCCCUCUGCUUGGCGGCAAAGGCUUGCUUGCAGAAGAAGCAAGUACACGUGGUGAGGUCCUGACUGCGUUGCUCAACGUUGUUCAAAGCGAGGAAAGUGGUGCAGAGUUCCGCAAUGCUGAGCCCAGUGCGCUCUUUGUGAGUCGGCUACACUGCUGUUGCUUUGACGGGGAGGACAAAAACCGUACUCUCGCCAAGCAGAUAUGGAGCGCCACUGGAGUUACGAUCACAGCACUGUUUGCAGGUCCCUUGCUGGAAUUGCUGCAUCACUCUCAUGCUAGCGUGCGUGAAAGUGCUUCUCUCGCUCUUGCUGAUGGUAUGCGUCAGUUCCCAUCGUCUGUGACGCCCCUGCUGGAUGAUCUGAAGACGCGGUUCUUGAGUAACCAACCGAAGCCAACGAAGCAAACAGACGAGUUUGGUAUUCCUACGGCUCGCCGCCCCCAUGCGCCAGCAGCUGAGCAGACUGAAGAUGGACGUACAAUGUACCCUCGUCUCGGCGUCGCUCUGUGCUUGGAGAAAGCUGCAGAGAUGGCAGGCCCUGAAGCGAUCUCCAGCGCCGAUACCAUGACCCUGUUGACGUUUGUUAUGGAGCAUGGUCUGGGAGAUCCGAACGCUAAGGUGCGUGCGCAGAUGCGCAAGACCGGUGUGCAAGCUGUGGCUUCGCUGGGUGGAGGUACCAACACGGCGCCGCUGCUGGAAAUGUUUGAGCGCUUUCUUGACACGAGUACUCCUCCUGCAGCAGCUACGGUUGCAAGCACGAUUGGGAAGAAAGCCAAGGCUGGGACUGAACUUGCUGCUCGGGAAGAGGACAUGCUGGAGCAGCGGGAACAAGCGUUGUCCAUUUAUGAUCAUCAGCGUGAAGGUGUCGUGGUGUGUUUGGGCUCUCUGGCCAAGCACAUGUCCCCGACGGACCCCAAAGUGUCUUCAAUCGUGGACCUGCUCCUAGAAGCUCUUGACAUUCCGUCUGAGUCGGUACAGCGCUCGGUUGCUACGUGUCUGUCGACGAUCAUAGGCGCAGUGAAGGAUCGCAGCACGAGUAUCUUGGAUGGUCUCAUGAAGCGUGUCACUGAGGGCGAAACUUUUGGCGGGCGCAUGGGUGCAGCGUACGGUAUUUCAGCCGUGAUCAAAGGACUCGGUAUUUCUGCACUCAAACUCCACAGCAUCAUCCCGCGCCUCGAAGACGCGAUGAAGACGGGCGGUGCUGACGCUCGCGAAGGCGUCAUGUUUGUGUUCGAGUGUCUGAGCCAACGCCUCGGGCUGCUGUUCGAGCCCUACAUCAUCGUGAUUCUACCCAUCAUGCUCAAGUGCUCGGCCGAUGCCAGUCCGCAAGUGCGCAAAGCGGCAAGUCAGACUGCUAAGGGUAUCAUGGCCCAUUUGUCGGCACAUGGUGUGAAGCUGGUGUUGCCAUCGCUUUUGGGUGCGCUGGAAGAAAGCGCGUGGCGUACGAAGCAGUCGGGCAUCCAGAUCUUGGGCUCCAUGGCGUACUGUGCCCCUAGACAGCUGGGCUCGUGUUUGCCUCAGGUGGUGCCCAAGUUGAUGGCAGCGCUGACUGACUCGCACCCGAAGGUCCGUGAAGCUGGUAAGAGCGCGCUACGUGACGUGGGUUCUGUAGUGCGCAACCCUGAAAUUGCGGCUAUCUCUAAGGUGCUGCUCGAUGCGCUCGAAGAUCCAAACCGGUACACGGCCGAAGCUCUUCAGCAGCUUCAGUCGACGUCUUUCCAGCACUCGAUUGAUGCGCCGUCGUUGGCACUUGUGAUGCCCAUCAUCUCUCGUGGUCUCAGGGAUCGCGCUGGUGAUGCCAAGAAGAAGGCCGCGCUCAUUGUGGGCAGCAUGUGUUCCAUGAUCAACGAUGCCAAGGACCUUGUGCCUUACAUGGAGACCGUGCUACCGAGCUUGAAGACUCAGCUCAUGGAUCCCAUUCCGGAAGUGCGUGCUGUGGCCGGCAAGGCCUUGGGCAAGCUGGUCAAGGGGCUUGGUGAGCGCCACUUUGCGGACGUGCUGACGUGGCUUCUCGGGGCUAUGAAGGACAAUGAAGUUGGUCCUGUGGAGCGUUCAGGUGCUGCGCAAGGUCUGUGUGAAGUGGUGGUUGCGCUUGGCAUGGAGCGCGUCGAGCGUGUCAUGCGGGAGGACAUCUUGCCGCUGGCACGCCAUCCAAUGUUCUCAGUGCGUGAGGGCGUGUUGUGGGUCAUCGCUUUCCUGCCACCGGCGCUAGGCAAGCAGUUCGCCAUCUUCCUUCGCGAUGCGCUGCCCAUCGUGGUAAAAGGUCUCAGUGACGAAGCCGAGUCUGUACGCAAUGUUGCUAUGCACUCGGGUCACGUAGUGGUCAACGCGCACGCCCUCUCGCAUACGCGUGAUCUGCUCCCGAGUCUCGAGGCUGGUCUCUUCGAUGAUAGCUGGCGCAUUCGACAGAGCUCGGUCACACUGCUGGGUGACCUCAUGUAUCGCAUCAGUGGCACGCGUGCAGUUGCGGUUGUCAACGACGAUAGCCACGACGACGACGAGACGUCGGGCAGUGCUGCAGGUGAUCGAGCUAUCAUUAAACUGCUUGGGAUCCAGCGCCGCAACGCGAUCUUGGCAGCGCUGUACAUGAUUCGCUCGGAUACGUCGGCUGUCGUCCGCCAAAGCGCUCUGCAGGUCUGGAAAAGCGUGGUCUCCAACACGCCCAAAACGCUUCGCCAGAUUCUCGAGGCACUCUUGAACACGAUCGUGUCGGCGCUCUCGGGUGACAACAUGGAAAAGCUGACGAUGGCUGGACGUACGCUUGGUGACAUUGUGCGAAAGCUCGGCGAGCAUGUGCUUCCUGAGGUGGUGCCUAUCUUGCGUGCUGGGUUAUCGCCCUCGCUGCCUAUCGGCCGUCGACAAGGAGCUUGCAUUGGUCUCGCAGAAGUCAUCGACUGUUGCACGAAGAAGCAGAUCGAGGACUAUGUCGACACGCUCCUGGACGCUGUGUUGGACGGCAUUUGUGACGAAGUCGCAGAAGUCCGUGCAUCGGCAGCGCAUGCGUUUGAUGUCCUGCACAGGGGCAUUGGCUACCGCGCUAUCGAUGAGACCGUCCCGAAGAUUCUCGAGCGCAUCCACUCGUCGCCGUCGGCAGAGGAACAGGAACGCGCGCUGCUCGGACUUCAGGAGAUACUGCGUGUGAAGUCGCGUGAGGUGCUCCCGUACCUGAUCCCACGUCUGCUGGUAAAGCCGGUUACUGCCUCGGCAGCAUUUACAGUGUCGCGCGUGGCGCAGGCGACGGGGGCCGUCAUUCACUUUCAAGUGGAACGCAUUUUUGCUGCGUUUUUCGCACAGUACGUCGAGCUGCUGGAAGACGGCAGUUCGGAUGCUGCAAAGGCAGCACUUGCCGAGAACAUCAAGAGCUCACUGCGCGAGGUGGUGCUUCACGUGGAGGCGCCUGGCGUGCACUGGCUGGCGAUCGAGCUUUGCAAGUAUUGCGAGAGCGAAAACGUGCUCGAGCGUGUUCUCGCUUUCGAGCUCGUGGCUGCAUUCUGCUCGCAUGCGUCGGUGCCAUACAACGACCAGGCGCCACUGUUCCUGAAGCAGAUUGUGCUGCACUUGAACGAGCAAAGCGAUCCAGUGGUUCGUGCAGCCUCUGCGGCACUCAAGGGCAUGAACGUGACCACGAGGCCCGAAGCUUUUGCGCAGCACUUGGACUUCAUUCGGCAAUCCAUCAACUCGAUGGUCAGUGACGCCCGUCAUCGCAAAGGUGGCGUCGGCGACGGCGAGUACCUGCUCCCUGGUCUCUGCAUCCCUCACGGCCUGGAGCCGUUCUUGCCUGGUUAUCAGUGGGCUCUGAUGAAUGGGUCGCCGGUGCUGCGUCAGAGCGCAGCUGCUGGCUUGGGUGAGCUCGUCGAGCUGAGCAGCGCAUCGUCUCUGCGUCCGUACUUGAUCAAGCUCACGGGUCCGCUCAUUCGUAUCGCUGGUGAUCGCUUCCCUGGUCACGUGAAGGCUGCGAUCUUGCAGACUCUGGAGAUCAUUCUGACCAAGGGCGGCGUGGCGCUCAAGCCCUUCCUUCCCCAGCUGCAGACUACGUUCAUCAAGGCCUUGAACGACACUGCUGUAGAUGUACGAGCUCGGGGGGCGUCCGCCCUGAGGCUGCUUGUCACGCUCAGUCCACGUGUGGAGCCACUGCUGACAGAGCUGACCGAGCGCUUGCGGACCACGACUGGCGGUGUGCGUGAAGCCAACUUGGAGGCUGUCGCUUCGGUGGUAGAGCGCGUUGGCGGUAAACUCUCAGCUGUGGGUCGCAGCACUCUCGAGAACGCACUCGAAGAGAUGCUCGAGUCGAGUGAAGACGCACUUCGGGACGGUGCGAGCCGGUGCCUAGCUUCCUGUGUGGCUACCACCGCUAGCAGCGACGUGGAGGCAGCGAGGAAGCAGUUGCUGGACCACAGUUUGACAAAUAUGACUGCCGAUGACAGGCAGGCGCUCUCGUGGCAGCGCCGCCAGAGCGCAGCCGUGUUCACAGCAUCGGUCUUGCACAAACACGCAGCACUGCUGACAUCGGACGUCUCUGCUUCUCUGACCGCCACGCUGCUUGCACUGGCGCAAGAUGAACAGGUUGCUGUGCGCAACCAUGGGCUCCAGGCACUUGGCGCCGUGGCAAAGCACUCGAAGAAAGUGGAAAGUCUCGCGGCGCUGGUGCCCGUGCUGGCGGACAGUGUCACGCACAAAAGCAAAGACAUCGUCCGUAGUUCGCUGCACGUGACGAAGCUCGUUGCAAAGCGCUCGCCGGAACAAGUGCGCGAGCACCUGGCCGUGCUUGUUCCCGCUGUCUUCCAGGUGAUCAAGAGCAACAACCUGGCCGUCAAGUUGCCUGCUGAGCGAACACUGCUCUACCUGCUCGAAGUGCAUUCCCGACCAGAGACCCAGACCGAGUAUCUGCGCAGUGGCGGUGCUGAUGCGAAGGUGAUCGGCGAGUACGCGCGCCGCGUGCUGAGCAAGCUCAGGGCUGACAGUGGUGACGAAAGUGACUAA